CCUUCCGCCUUCCAUCAGCUUGAUGUUCUGCACAAGUCAUUUGGAGACGUCGUUUGUUUCAAGGCGUUCGGAACUACUGUGGUUGUUUUCAAUAGCUACGAGACACUCUAUGAAGCUGCCGUAGUGAACCGCCGUAAGGUUGGGCGAUGGACGCUAUCAGUCAAUGAUUGGCUGGCUCAAGGUCAUGGAAUUUCAAACUACAAUACUCCAAGGGCAGUGGAACUCCGCCACGCGCUCUUUCGACAUCUUUAUGGACAUGAACAUAUGAUCGCCUAUCUAGCAGACAGAUCAGAAAACAACAUGUUAGCUGCUCCAAUCAGAAAGGAAAUAAACGGUUUAAUAUGUGAACUGGAGAACAGCAACCAAAGGCCAAUCAAAGUAAUGCCGAUUAUUCGCCGCACCAUCUGGAAGAUUAUGUGGAGAGUAGUGUUUGGUACGGUAUGCGAAAUGGAGAACGGAGAAAUCGAACACAUACUCCAACAGAUAAGCUGCAAUAAUAUGGAAAAUACAAUGUUCCAGGCUAGUCAGUUACUUCCCAAAUGCAUAUUGCCAACUUUUAAAUAUUUCCCAUAUAUUCAACGAUUCUUCAAAGUGGACAAACUGACAGAGCGCUACAAGAUUAUUCAUUGUACAAUGCAACAAGAGAUCACAAAAUCCAUGGAGGCCGGACUCAAACCGGAAUCACUAUUGUAUCGAUUUACUGAGGAUGAUAAGUUGAAGCUAACACCAACAGAACUGCAUCGUUUGGCUUUCGAACUAAUGGCAGCAGGGAGCGAUACAAGUUCUCUCACACUCACUUGGGCGUUCACUUACCUGGCAGCUCACCCCGAACAGUUCAGCGACAGCGUGAACACGAAAAAUAUGGACGCGAUACAUCGAUAUGCUAGCGUUGUGCCCUUCGGCUUACCCCACAUUGCCCAAGAGGCAAUGACGGUGGCUGGUUUCCAUAUUCCAAGACGGUCUAUGCUCAUUUUCAACUUGUAUGCAGUACACCAGCAACAACGUUCAACCGCUGGGAACAUGACACCACCAAUACCUUUUUCUCUGGGUGCUCGAUCCUGUCCUGGAGGUCGAUUUGCGAACAAACUUCUGCUUGAUAUUAUUCAGUCCGUUAGCAACCGAUUCAACAUUGAGGUCAUCAAGGAGGACAAUAGUCCUCAUCCUGCAACUCGUGGGCUUACAAGAGGUCCAGCGGAAAGCUACUUUGUCUUUCAUCCCAAAAUGGCAUCG